AUCACGUGACGGGCCCGGCGGCGGCAGCGGCGGCGGCGGCCGCGGCGUCUUUAGCGGCCCCCAGUGCAGGAUGGUGCUGGAGGCGGCGGCGGCGGCCGUGGUGGCGGCGGCGUUGUUGGCGGCAGCGGGCGGGGGUGCUGUGGCGGCAGAGGCGGCGGCGCCCGCGGGUGGUAUAAAAUGGCGGAUUUCGAGGAGUUGAGGAAUAUGGUUUCUAGUUUUAGGGUUUCUGAACUACAAGUGUUACUAGGCUUUGCCGGACGGAAUAAAAGUGGACGUAAGCAUGACCUCCUGAUGAGGGCGUUGCAUUUAUUGAAGAGUGGCUGCAGCCCUGCGGUUCAGAUUAAAAUCCGAGAAUUGUAUAGACGCCGAUACCCACGGACUCUCGAAGGCCUUUCUGAUUUAUCCGCAAUCAAAUCACCAGUUUUCAGUUUGGAUGGUAGCUCCUCACCUGUAGAACCUGACUUGGCUGUGGCUGGAAUCCACGCGUUGCCUUCCACUUCAGUUACACCUCAUUCUCCGUCCUCUCCUGUUGGUUCUGUGCUGCUUCAAGAUACUAAACCCGCGUUUGAGAUGCAGCAGCCAUCUCCCCCAAUCCCUCCUGUCCAUCCUGAUGUGCAGUUAAAAAACUUACCCUUUUAUGAUGUCCUUGAUGUUCUCAUCAAGCCCACGAGUUUAGUUCAAAGCAGUAUUCAGCGGUUUCAAGAGAAGUUUUUUAUUUUUGCUCUCACACCUCAGCAAGUUAGAGAGAUAUGCAUAUCCAGGGAUUUUUUGCCAGGUGGUAGGAGAGAUUAUACAGUACAAGUUCAGCUGAGACUUUGCCUGGCAGAGACAAGUUGUCCUCAAGAAGAUAACUAUCCCAAUAGUCUCUGUAUAAAAGUGAAUGGGAAGCUGUUUCCUUUGCCUGGCUAUGCACCACCACCUAAAAAUGGAAUUGAGCAGAAGCGCCCUGGACGCCCUUUGAAUAUCACGUCUUUAGUUAGGUUAUCCUCAGCUGUGCCAAACCAGAUUUCCAUUUCUUGGGCAUCAGAAAUUGGAAAGAAUUACUCCAUGUCUGUAUAUCUUGUACGACAACUCACAUCAGCCAUGUUAUUACAGAGAUUAAAAAUGAAAGGUAUUAGAAACCCUGAUCAUUCCAGAGCACUAAUUAAAGAGAAGCUCACUGCGGACCCUGACAGUGAGGUCGCCACCACCAGCCUUCGGGUGUCCUUGACGUGCCCUUUAGGGAAAAUGAGGUUGACAAUCCCAUGCCGUGCGGUGACUUGUACACACCUACAGUGUUUUGAUGCUGCCCUUUAUCUGCAAAUGAAUGAGAAGAAACCCACCUGGAUUUGUCCUGUGUGUGACAAAAAAGCUGCCUAUGAAAGUCUAAUUUUAGAUGGGCUUUUUAUGGAAAUUCUCAAUGACUGUACUGAUGUGGACGAGAUCAAAUUCCAAGAAGAUGGUUCUUGGUGUCCAAUGAGACCGAAGAAAGAAGCUAUGAAAGUAUCCACCCAACCAUGUCCAAAAAUAGAAACUUCAACUGUCCUCAGUAAGCCGUGUGCAGUGACUGUAGCCAAUGAGCCAAGCAAGAAGAAAGUGGAUGUCAUUGACCUAACAGUAGAAAGCUCUUCUGAUGAAGAGGAAGGCCCUCCUGCCAAAAGGAAAUGCAUCUUUAUGUCAGAAACACAAAGCAGCCCAACCAAAGGGGUUCUCAUGUAUCAGCCAUCUUCUGUAAGGGUGCCCAGUGUGACUUCGGUUGAUCCUGCUGCUAUUCCGCCUUCAUUAACAGACUACUCAGUACCAUUCCACCACACGCCAAUCUCAAGCAUGUCCUCAGAUCUGCCAGGUUUGGAUUUUCUUUCCCUUAUUCCAGUUGAUCCCCAGGCUCCAUUUUGGCCUUUCUGAGUUCCCCAAAGCCAGUAGGAUCUUCUGAGCCAAAGGCAGUGCAACUCAAACUGGAAAAGUGGUAAGGCUAAAGCGACACAAAAGCAGAGCCAAGCUUUGCUUUCUCAUUUUUUUCGUGUGUGUUUCCCACCCCAUCUUGGUGUUCUCAAGGUAGCUCUGGGAUAAGAAAAACAGACUGCAGUCGUCUUUUGCUCAAGGUAUUACUUUCUUGAUUGGCAUACCACGUUGUUUCCUGAACUGUUUUCUUUUUGAAUGGAUUUUAAAACUGCUUUUAUGUUUUCAAAGCUCAAGUUGUUUACAUGAAGAGUGUUAUGUUAUAAAAUAUCCCUCGUAUUUUGGCCUUCAUUAAACCAUUCAACAAGAUUUCAGUGUGUUUUGAAAGUGUAUGUGGACUAGACUGGUAUAACAGAUCUGGUCCCAUUCUUCAGAGGGCUUACAACAAAUUUUCAAAAAUCAGGAAUUCUUACCUACUAAGAGAUGUGCUAAGCAACCUACAACAUAUCACAUUCCUUACUGCAGUCUUUUAAAGGAAAGUAGUGUUGUCUUUAUGUUGCAAAUGAAGAAACAGAUAAAUUUUGCAGUUGGACUUGGGUGUCUGAAACAUACCUAUUCAAAAGCCUUAUGACUGAAGUGACACUAAUUAGGUAGGCUAUUUGGGAGGCUGGUGUGGUAACCUAGACAUAAAAUUAUGAGACCUGAUUUCAGGUGAUGGCUGCAGGAAUAAGGAAGGAGUGGAUGAUGGAGCCAUUUCAAAGGAAGACUCAAGAUUAAGUGAAUGUAGGAAUAAGAGCUGAGUCCAUUUCUCAAGGUAGAAUGGGCAACAGUCAUUAAGGGGAGACAAUGGUGAGUUUGAUGAUUAAGAUGAGAUUUCAGAAAGGAAGUUUUCAAGAGGCGUAUUUUUGUUCUGCAGUGUUAAGAAGUGCAGACUUCCCUUGCCUCCAUUUUUACCGUCACUGGUCUCCCUUGUGUAUGUGUUCCAGUCUCUCCCGAUUGCCUGCCCGCCUUUGUGCUUGCGCAUGCCCAGUCGCUCAGGUGUGACCAACUCUUUGCGACCUUUUGGACUGUAGCCUGUGUUUCCUGCAUCGCAGGUGGAUUCUGUACCUGCUGAGCCAUGGGGAAGCCCUCUGUCCACCCUCUCUCCUCCCUUAACCAUGCUUGGCUGCAAGUUGAUCUUUUUUUUGAAUUUGCACUUAACUGCCUUGUCAUAACGAAUUUGGCUGCCUCCUAAAGGCUUGCCAUAGCCUGCAGCUCUCACCAGUGUGGGCUGUGUCCACUUUCGACUAUCUCAGGAGGUGGUGGCAGCUGCCCUUCCUUUGUCUUGUAAUUUCUAAAUAAUUUCUCAAGGCUUCUGACAAAAAUCUGCCCUUUUGUUGCCUGUGUUGGGAAGUUACACUGUCAGUUACUUCUGCUUUUACCAUCGAUCACUCCCAUUGAUUUGCUGAAGGCCUCACUUCCUGACAGUGUACUUGGCCAUCUCUGAUUCUGUCGUAUUCUCAGUGACUUCAUGUUCUGACGGAUGACCCAUCCAGCACUGGCUGGUGAGAUUUUUGGUUAUCUUGCCUCCAACAUUUUCUUCCAUUGAAACUCCCUAUUUAACCCUCUCUAUUUCCAUUCCUUUUUUCUUUUUUAAUUGAAGUAUAGUUGAUGUACAAAAUUGUGUUAAUUUUAAAUGUACUACAUGAUUUGAUGUUUGCAUGUAUUCUCGCCAUGAUAAAUCUAGUAACCAUUUGUCUCCAUAUGAAGUUAUAAUAAUGUAUUAUGCUGUAUGUUUUCAUUCCUGUGGCUUAUUUUAAAACUGGAGGUUUAUAUCUCUUAGUUCCCUUUACCCAUUUCUUCCCCUCUCCAGCUCCUCCCUCCUGGCAGCCACUCAUUUAUUCUGCGUAUGAGUCUUUUCGUUUCAUUUGAUUAGAUUCCACGUAGGAGCAAGAUCAUGUGGUAUUUGUCUUUCUCUGAUAUAGUUCGCCUAGCAUAAUACCCUCUAGAUCCAUGCAUGUUAUUGGAAAUGGCAAGACUUCUUUUUUGUUGUUAAUGGCUGUGUUGUGUAUGUAUGCACUUCUUUGCCCAUUCAUCUGUGGGCACUUAAGGUGCUUCCAUAUACAUUGGCUAUUGUAAAAUACUGUUGCAGUGAGUAUUGAUGUACACAUGUCUCUUUGAAGUCACUUGACAUCAUGUAAAUACCCAGAAGUGGAAUUGCCAGAUCGUAUAGUAAUUCUACUUAAUUUUUUGAGAAUCCUUCGUACUGUUCUCCGUUCUAGCUGCACCAGUUUACUCCUGCCAACAGUGCACAAGGGUUUCCUUUCCUCUACAUCCUCGCUAACAUUUACUUGUCUUUUGUGCGUGUGUUUGAUGACAGCCUACCACUCCUUUUCAGAACACACCUUUCUUAGCAGGUGAUCUUGUUUCCAAAUUCAAUCAGAAGAUUGAGGACUUCAGCAUGGUUUCUUUACCUCCGUGCUCACCUUCAUCCUUUAUUCCAGCCUCAGAGGACAAGUUGGGCCAAAGGCCAGUCCAGCCCCGUGAACCUUCGACGCCUGUGUCCUCUGUUGUCCUCAGGACCUCCCUCCAUGAGACUUCCCCUAUGUCUUCCACCUUUUGGCUGCUGCUUUUGGCUUAUAAAAGUCUCAUGUCAUUAAAUACUUGAGAGGCUGUUUAUGCCAGGCACUGUAUCAGGCACUUGGAACACACGACAGAGACUUACCUUCACCAAAGUUGUCAUCCAGUAGAUGGGGCUUCCCUGGUGGCUCAGCUGGUAAAGAAUCCGCCUGCAAUGCGGGAGACCUGGGUUUGAUCCCUGGGUUGGCAAGAUCCCCUAGAGAAGGGAGUGGCUACCCACUCGAGUAUUCUGGCCUGGAGAAUUCCAUGGACUCUCUAGUCCAUGGGGUCACAGAGUCAGACAUGACUGAGCGGUUAAUACUAACUACUAACUAAGGCCAUAUAGAUGAGUGAAUAGGGAGAUCAUAGUGCAGUGGUUAAGGGUGGAGUCAGGGUGCUACAAGAGCAUACAGAUAAAGAGACGGCUGAAAAUGUCCAAAAUAGCCAGAAGUUUGCUAAGGAAUAUUAAGAGGAGUAUGUAAGAAAUCAUGCAAAAUCAUGUAGAAUAUCAAUAGCAAGAAGUUACUGAAGACUUUUCAUGGUGAUUCACAGUAAGGAGCAUUGGUCGAGUUUCAUAUGAUAAUUUCCAUUCUACGAAUGUGGAAACAGAUUCUGAGAGGGUAAGUGACUUGUAGCAUAUAAGCGGGGAGUCAGGCUUCAUACUCAGUUUUUAACCAUCUUCUCAUAGGGGCCUUCCUUGACUAUUCUGUCUAAAAAGUGUUUCCUAAAUAACCUGACCACAUCACUGUAUCCUAUAUGGCAGAUAGCACAACCUGUGUUUAUUUUAUGUAUUAGUUCACUGUGUAUUUGUUUUCUCUGCUAGAUUGUAAGCUCCAUGAGGGCAGGAUAUUUCAAUUGCAUCCCAGAGCCAAACAUGGUGUGGCACAUAGUAGGUGCUCAAUAAAUGCUUGUGAAUGAA